AAAAACUCUUUGAAAUACCAGCAUUGUGGAAGAGGCUGAAGAAAAAAGACACAGAACUGGCUAAACACAGCGAAGAAUAUGGUAAACCAGGGUGCAAAGUGCAUCUAUUUGCAGUUUGAAAGUGGGCUCUGAAGUGCAAUCUGGAUUUUCAAUAUAUGCUAACACUGGACUUCCUAUGGAACUGAAAACAAAAGAUUUCAGCUUUUGGAAUAAUUCUGGUAUGUUUUCUACAUCGUACUAGUGGCAAAAAUACAGUCGACAAAAGAUUGUGCUCCCUCAACUUCUGGCAUGGAGAGCUGAGGAAUAUAAUGCCCAAUGGUGACAAAGGGUGAUAAUUUCCUGUUUUUCACAAUUUAUCUCUGUGGUUUUGGACUUAGCAAUGGAUAUUCUUUGUGAUGGAGAGAGCUCUGUGAACCCAACUGCAAACUCCUUCAUACAAAUAAAUCAUGAGAGAAGAUUCUACAGAAAUGUUUACGGAGCUGGAGAAAUUAAUAUAUCACAUCUCUGCAACUUGACUGUGAACUCUGACAACCUAACCAAUCUUUCGUGCGAAAGUAACAUGAGCCCACCGUGCUGCCCUUCACAGAAAAACUGGCCGGCUUUGCUGACAGUGAUAGUGAUUGUUUUAACCAUUGCUGGAAAUAUUCUUGUCAUCAUGGCUGUUUCACUGGAGAAAAAACUACAGAAUGCCACUAACUAUUUUCUAAUGUCACUUGCAAUAGCUGAUAUGCUGCUGGGUUUCCUUGUCAUGCCUGUGUCCAUGUUAACCAUACUGUAUGGAUACGAAUGGCCUCUACCUAGAAAGCUCUGUGCCAUUUGGAUCUACCUGGACGUGCUCUUCUCCACGGCGUCCAUCAUGCACCUCUGUGCCAUCUCCCUGGAUCGCUACAUUGCCAUCCGGAACCCCAUCCACCACAGCCGCUUUAACUCCAGAACUAAGGCUUUUGCCAAAAUAAUUGCUGUUUGGACCAUAUCAGUUGGUAUCUCCAUGCCUGUACCUGUCUUUGGACUACAAGAUGACUCCAAAGUAUUUAAGAAAGACAUGUUUAAGAAAGACAUCUGCUUACUUGCAGAUGAAAAUUUUGUUCUAGUAGGCUCUUUUGUGGCAUUCUUCAUCCCUUUAACCAUCAUGGUAGUCACUUACUUUUUAACUAUCAAGUCGCUGCAGAAGGAAGCUAUGCUCUGUGUGAAUGACAUUGGCCCUAAGACCAAGUUUACUUCAUUCAGCUUCCUCCCUCAGAGUUCCCUGUCCUCAGAGAAACUCUUUCAGCGCUCCUUGAACAGAGAUACGGGGACUUCAGGGAGGAGAACCAUGCAAUCCAUCAGCAAUGAGCAGAAGGCUUCCAAGGUCCUUGGCAUUGUCUUCUUUCUCUUUGUUGUGAUGUGGUGCCCGUUUUUCAUCACCAAUGUGAUGGCUGUUAUUUGCAAGGAGUCAUGCAAAGAAGAGGUCCUUGGAGGACUCCUUAACAUAUUUGUUUGGAUUGGCUACCUUUCUUCGGCUGUCAACCCACUCGUGUAUACGUUGUUCAACAAAACCUACCGCUCAGCUUUCUCUCGCUACAUCCAGUGUCGCUACAAGGAGGAGAAGAAACCUUUCCAGCUGAUUUUAGUGAACACUAUCCCAGCACUUGCAUAUGACUCCAGACAGCUCCAGCUAGCACAAAUGAAGAGUUUGAAAAAAGAGGCGAAAAUGAUGGCCAAGGAUUACUCGACGGUCACGAUAGGAACGCAUCGUUUAGAUGGUACCGCCAAGGGAAAUACUGGCCCAGGGAACGAGAAGGUUAGUGGUGUGUGAUGGUCAGCAGCUGCCAUGACAACCACUCUGUGUGUGCUGAAAAUUCCACCUGCUGUGAGAAACUCUGAUAGCUUAGGAAAAUCAGCUGUGUUCAAGAGACCUUCCAACAACAUCAUAUACUCCUCACAUUAUCCUGUGGAUGAAAAGCAGGGUUGAAAGGGUAUCAAAAUGUGCAAUUUUUUUUCAUACAGUACGUUGGCUGUUUUAAGCACAGGCUUUAUUAAACUUAUUUUUUUAAUAUUCUAAAGGAUAUAUUUCUUAAAGAAAAAAAAGCAAUUUCUGGUAUUAUAACAUGGGCUGUGAAAAAACCUACGCAUUUCUUUUCUCUUUGCAAAUGAAAGCUAAGCUGUCCUUUGAUGUUCUUGCAGAAUAGGCUCCAGCUAGUUUGUCUUGCUACAAUUGAGUUCUGUUAUCAUUAACUGAAUGAGCACUUUACAGAAUUUUAAAUAAAAUGAUGAUUCAUUUGCUAAUAUAUAUUUAAAAUAAAUCUAAAAGUAUUUAAAAAUCUAUUAAAACUGCUAUAGAUUAAUUAUAUGAACAUUUUGUUAACUGUUUUUAUGCUAUUUUUUCUUCCUUAGUAACUAUCCUGAAAUGUCCCUGGACUUUUCUGCCAUUUGUUCUGUAUUUCAAAUAAGCAAUCUUCAAAGGUAAAUUAUACUUGAAUAAUCCUCUAUUCCCACCACCACUUGCAAUCUUUAUUUCAGGACUUGUAUUUUAUUUGCAUUCAAAAAUUUCAUGUGUUCAGCUUAAAAACGGAAAGUAAUGUUUUCAAAAUGAUUGGUCUUAAUUCCCUGCUCCCUCCCACCAGUGUUGACAGGAAGGUGAAGUGAGAGAAAAGUGGAAAACCAGGCACAACAUUGCCAAAUAAUUUCAGCACCACUUCCAGAUUCAUUACUCUGUUCAAUUCCAACAAAGUCCGAUUUAAGUAAUGUCAGAGGAAACUCUGCAUGAGUAAAGUCUUCAGUAAAAGGUUGAAGUAGAUCUGCUCUCAUCAUUUCUCUUUGGUUAAAAAAGGCCAUUUUGAAGAAUGUUCUAGUUUUGGUUUAGGGCUUGUAAAGCCAGAAUUAUUAGAAAACUGUUAGUUGCUAAAAACUGUUUUUCCUUGUUUCACUGUAUUGCUGUUAAGGCAGAUUGCUCAGGAAUGGUCAGAAGAUUGCACUACUAGGACUCAGCCUUAAUGAAAUAUGUAUGGGCAAAUGGGGCUCAGUUGAAAAAUAACAGGACCUGUAAACAACACUGCAUUUCACCUGCAUGGAUGCAAGGGCAGAAUACAUUGCAUAAAGAACAUAAAAUACAUUGCUUGACAGACAUGCCUAGUCAUGAAACUCUUUUCAUGACAUCAUAACCGAUGUCACUGAGGGCAGUGGGACUUUGCUGAAGAGGGGAAAUAUAAAUGCUGCACUCACAUGCAAAGUUUAAAUCAAAUAAUUUGAUUCAUUCCAUGAAUUUUGCAGCCAUAAUCUCAUCAAAAUCAGGAUGUAUUCCAGUUUUUGUGGAAAAAAACCACUGUCCAUCCAGAAGCAAAACUCCAAUGCCUUCAUCUGUCCUUCUAUUGAAGUUGUUCAGUUUUUACAGAGCAAUUAAAUUUCCACUAAGUCAAAGAAGGGGAGAGACAGAGAAAGAAAGUGAACCUUUUUCUAGCUUACCAGGUGGGAGUCUUUGGAAGAAGAAGGCCUUUAGCUUAAGAUACUGAUCUAUGGCAGACAAGCACUUAAAAGCUGGCUGGGUAUUUGACUGAUUUCCAAGAAACUGCUUUAUUGUCAUAUACAUGGUAUAACUAAAUCUGCUAGUUUUAUGAGCCCUUUCCUCUGACAUGGGAUAGGUAGGAGCCACUGUGCACCGGUCACACAGAAGCUCUGCAUGCACAUGAUGACACUGACUCACCCCACAGACCUCAGCCUCCAUGUCUGGGACAAAGUGUCAUGCUGUAGCCCCAUUCGCAGUCAUCUAUAACCUCACAGACAUUCAUGGGCUUCCCCCCAAAACUGGUCAUUUAGGAUGAAAUGAUAAAUCAAGUGGAAUAAAUGUCGUGCUCACCAGGUGCUUUAUAUGGUCUCUCUGUCUCUGGGUACAUUUGAUCACCUCAGUCAAACUGAACAGCUUCAGCAGAAGCAAAAAUGAACUUGCUGCUCCUACCUCCCUAUGUACACAUCCCACUCCUACCCAGCACUGUGUGAGGGGUGCCACUGGCAAAGAAGGCGUUCCAGGGGAAUUGCUAAAUGCAGCUGAGUAUGAGGACUACCAUAGUCGUAGCUGGGAGCAGUGACUUUCCACUCUUUCCUGUCAAAUUUGAUAUUGACCCUAAACAAUGCCCAUCUUGUAGCCCACAGGCCAGAUGUCUCCACUCCACAACUGGGGUGAUGGUUUUGAGGAUUUGCCCUUGGAAACAGGUAUCUCAGGGAAUAAGCAGGCAGUAAUAAAAGCUCUUUUGAGAAGAGGUCUGAGGCUCUAGAUCUGCUACCAAACCAGAUUGCCUUCAUAUGAUGAAUAUUGACAGGGGAAUGAAGGUCUCUAAACCUGCAUGUGAGGGGAAAGAAAACAAAGAGACUUCCACCAGGGGAGGGAAUCACCAUUUUUUUUUGCCAUUUAUGACCUGAUGCAAGUUUCUCUGGCCUUGCAAACGAAAACAGUAGGUGGCACAGACAGCUUGGAUCUUAUUGCCCAUUUGUGCCAGGGAGCAGAGCCCACCUGCAUCCUGUAUGAUGCACAUGGCACCCUGCACUUCUCCAGAGCUCUCAAUUCCUCCCAAAUCUCCUGAAGAUCCAAUUGCUGCUCUGCACAGUCUCCUUCACCAGCUCACAGCUGAUAAACUGUUACUGAAGAUUUCACAUUCAGUGCUUAUGCUCUCCACUUACUAUCUGCAUUUUGCCCACGUGGCAGAGCAGAUCAGCCCUCUGUUUCUCUUUAAUUUCCCUUCCUGUUCUUCAUUCACAAUGUCAAAUUGCUCAGGUUGCAAAUACUGACAGGGAAUGUUUCACUACAAUCACAGAGGGUUUCAAUUACUGGCUUGAAGUUUUGUUGCAAGGUGGCUCUGAACAUUUUUUUUUCCAACUUAUUUUAAAAUAAAACCUAUGCUUUGGACAUAAGAGACUUAACAGCAUUUCAUUAAUUGACAGCUGGAGAGAACAUAACACUGAGUUUUUGCUUAGAAGCAGGGAAAACUGAUGCCUGACAUUUUGAUUCUGUAGCAUUCAGGUGAUUUUAUUGAGUGAUCAGCAGCUUUUGCCUAAGUAGCCUCUCAAGGCCAAGAAUGAACAGCAAAGACCAAUAUCUCCAGCUCUUUAUGGACAUUUUUGACAGCUUAGAAAGGUCUGAUUCUGCCACCCUGCAUCAAAAUAUUAAUAGAUUUUUGUGCAGUUUGCCUUAGUGAGGAUGACAGAGUCAGGAUAUUAAUUUGUUCUAGCCACCAUGCCAAAUCUGCUAGGGUUGUUCAUCAGAAGAUAGCAAUUAAUGGUCUCAUUACACUGCAGACGGAUUACAAAGUUCGGCUGUUUUAAACUAGGAUUUACAGCACUUGGGCCAUGCUUGAAAUGAACACCACGGUUUAAUAUGACCAGCUUCAGAGCAGCAUCUCCAUCUUCCAAAAAACUGUGUUUUCAUUAUGCAUCAGAAUGGAAUGGAAUUUUUUGGAAUCUUUCAGGUUAAAAAAAAAAGAAAAGACAUUCAUACAGACUGGUUCAGAGGUUAGGGCCUUCCCCUACUUCACAGGAAAAGCAUGCUGAGUCAGUCUGUCAUGCCUGCAUCCAAAAAAACCACUUCCUCUGAAAAAACUUUUCAGCAUCAGUUUUUCAAGUAGAUUGACAUUUUAUUACUGUUAAGACUGCAUCUGAAAAAUGUCCAAAGACAUGAAGCUCACCAUGUAUCUCCUAAGCUGGUGUGCAUCCUUUUUACACUUCAGGGUAAAAAUUCCUAUGUAUCUAUCCCAUCCAGUCAACCAUGCACUGUACUUAUGUAAUUAUUGCCAGAUGGUGAGAUGCAUUCUAUUUUGAAUACCUAAAUGUUUGCUUAUGUAAAUACAUAGAGAAAAAAAUUUGUUGUAUUUUGUAAUGUUAAUGUAAAAUGGUGUUUCAAUGCUUUUCUGUUUUGUCUGAUCGCACUGCUAGUAAAGCAGAUUAAAAUAUUCAAAUGCAAUCAGUUGUUUUAUAAACUGGAGGUUUGUCUUAAAUAGCUAAUUUGGUUUGGUUUUAUUUCUCCCAUAAAUAUUCGUACAAUGUCUGCUUAAGGCUAAAGUAAUUUUAAAUAUUUUGCUGGAGAAAAAGAAAG